AUGUUCACAAGACUGAUUCCUGACUUGAUGGGAAUACGAUAUGAGAAGAGACUGGGGUUUCUGGGCUUGUGUUCUCUAGAGCUUAGAAGAAUAAGAGGCAAUCCCAUUGAAGAAAACGAAAUGGAAGGUGUCAUCAGCAGUGGUAUCAAGCAACACUUGCUCAGCAACAACCUUGUCUUUUACACUGAUAUGUUGAGCUCGUCCAUCAUUGACAAUGGAGAUAUUUGUGAACUGACUCUUCCUGCAGAUGGCUCACAAGCCAGCAGUCUGGACAAAGAGUAUCCUGAUCUGGAUAAAUGCGUACAAACAUCUAGCAGUUACAUAACUGGAGCUGCUUUGCCAAUCCACAUACCAUUAUCAAUUGACUAUGACAUGUACAACCUGAAGUCUAUCAAAAUGGAUUUGACUGAGUUUGAGGCUCUUGACACAUAUGCUUGUAAGGUUUCUCCAAAGAGUACUGUGCAAAAACUUGUGAAAGAACUACUGUUGUAUGCAAGUACAGAUCUGGAAAGAGUCCGAGCAAUAUGGAUCUGGAUUUGUUGUAACAUUGAAUACGACGUGAAGGGAUUUCUCAACAAGGACAUGAAGCAUGAUGACCCUAUUAAUGUAUUGAGGUCUGGAAAAGCAGUGUGUGCUGGAUAUUCAGGCCUCUUUUGUGAAAUGUGCAGUCUUGCAGGUAUACAGUGUACUACAAUUGAAGGAUGCUCCAAAGGCUACAACUAUGAUGUUGGGAAGACAUUCACAGGAGAAGCUGACCAUGCAUGGAAUGCUGUGUUUCUGGAUGGGAAGUGGCACCUUCUGGAUAGUACUUGGGGGGCAGGCCACAUUAAUGAGACUUGCACCAAGUUUACUUUCAAGUAUGUUGAAUUUUAUUUCUUUACUCAUCCUACCCUCUUCAUCAAUAAUCAUUUCCCCAAUGAUGAAAAGUGGCAGCUCAUUUCUCCAAAGAUUUCCCUCAAAAUAUUUGAAAAUAUGGUCUUUAGGACAGGAGAGUUCUAUGAUAUUGGUUUGACAUACAUCCAUCCCGAAGUACGGGUGGUGUCCACAGUGAAUGGAAGAGUUAUUAUCAAUGUGGAGGGCUUAUAUCCUACGUACUUCAUGUUCAAUCUGGACGGGAAAAAGGACUGCGGCAUCUUAACCAUAACUAAGUAUGGCAUGAAGCUGGAGGUUCUUCCACAAACGGCUGGAGAAUUCAGGUUAAAGAUUUAUGCCAAACUAUUUAAUUCUAAAGAGGAGACUUUUUCCUUUAUAUGUGCAUAUUUGGUUAAAUGUGAUGUUAUUGAUGAAAACUUCAAGUUACCAAAGGUAUUUCACAAUCCUUUGGGGCCCAGUUGGAUUACUGAGAACCAGGGUCUUAUGAAGCCCUCACACCCUGAACCCAUUAUUUACUGUGAUGAUGGCAAAUGUAAAAUAAGGUUCAUGCUGAACAGAGAUCUCACGUUCACCAGCAAGCUGUCCUGUGAUGAAGUCACAUUGUCAGAUGAGGUCAUGAGAAAUUAUGUCUUCAAAACUCAGCAAGGUAACUGGGUGGAAUUCCAGAUCCACCUUCCUGCAGCCGGUCUUUAUGUUUUUACCAUCUUUGCCAAAGAGAAGGCAAAACGCAAUCCAGCACAUGAUCAUGUGUGUGAAUACUUCAUUUCAUGUCGUGGCAAGAAUGUCCACUGGCCAAGUUUCCCUAAAAUUUUCAGCUCUUGGUCUGACGGAUGUGAAUUAAUUGAGCCACUCUCUGGAAUUCUGCCACGCAACGAGAUGGUGACAUUCAAGCUCAAAAUCCCCCACGUGAGAAAGGUCCAGGUUUAUGGCAAAACUCCCUGUCCACUGACCAUGAGCAAGGACGGCUACUGGGAAGGAAGGUGUUACACACAAGACUCCAAGUAUCUCAGUGUUGGAGUUUCAGACAAAAUGUUUGACACAAAAUUUACAUUUGCCCUUCAAUACGAGAUAGAAGACUCAUAG